GUUUCCGUCAUGUUGUUUCGCUCUUUCUACUUACUAGCGUCUCUCACUUUUGUUUUAUCCCAGGGUAAUCCUAACCCAACCGUCGGUGGGGAUCCCGACAAUGGUUGGCAAACAUUACCGCAAGUCAUCGAUGCUACUGCAUAUCCUAAUUGGAACGUGGGGGGCGGAAGCUUACCCGUAUAUCAAACCAGCGCCGUUGAUAAUGGAAACAUAACUAGGGCAGUGAUAGUUUUACCUGGACGAAACCGGGAUUGUUGGUUCUAUUGGAACGUCAUGAACAACGCUCUGUCGAACGCAACAAAGUCUGGGGCCGUUGUUGGACGCGAUAACAUAUCCAUCAUGGGACCGUGCUUUUUCACGCAAUCCGAUAUGAACGCAGGCGCGGCCCAAAGUGGCCAGAUGAUUUGGGGCACGACGACAUGGGUUAGUGGGCAUGAGAGUGUCUCUCAGCCAUAUCUCAGUAGUUUUGCGGUCCUUGACGGCUUGGUGGAUUACUACAUGAACACUCGUGUAUACCCGAAUCUGAAAACCGUCGUCGUCGCGGGUCAUUCUGCAGGCGCGCAAAUGACCCAGCGCUAUGCUGCUUUACGGAGAUCGACCGAGAACGAUGAUCGACUUCAUUUCUGGAUCGCCAAUCCCGGGUCGUUAUGCUGGUUAACAGAGGAUCGGCCGCUCCCCAAUGCGACGUGUGACGGUGUGGACGACUACAAGUAUGGGCUGUCAGGUCGCUUCCCUGCGUACUCUUCCGGGGAUGUCAACAGACAUGGUGUGGUAUCGAGAUAUAACAACAGGAGCGUACACUACGCCUGGGGUUUGAAGGAUAACGGUCCCGGAGACACGCGAUGUGAAGCAUUGACGCAAGGGAGCACCCAUUUAGAGAGGGGCAGAAAUUUUGUUGCAAUGCUGGAGGGCUUGGAGGGUUCCAUACCGUCAAGUGCAACCGUCGAUUGGGUCGAGGGUGUGUCACACUCGAAUGAGGACAUGAUGAAUAGCGAAGCUGGGAUUAACAAGUUGUUCCUGUACGACAAUGCUCCAAUUGCGAACGAGCCUCUUCCUCAGCUCAGGGCGAGCGAUGCAGCCAGGGGCAUGAUACCAUGGAUGUUCUAUCUCAUUCCCGCGAUAUCCUCCGUUCUUCUGCUUAGAUCCUAGAAAGUUGAAUACCGAAACUAUUAAUAGGUGCAUGUCUUGGCCUGGCACCCACAAGGGCAAAACAGUUCUGUUCCUUCAUUAUCUCUCAACGUUUUAAACAUCAUGUCCGCUCGUUCUAAGACC